GCUUUGUUUGUAUUUAUUGAAUAGCAAAAAUAAUAAUAAAUUACAGAAAAAACUGAAUAUUUAUUUAAACAUUUUGUGUACAAAAUGGAAAAAUUAGAAGCACUUAAAAUAUCAUCGAUGCGGCCACGUACUAAUAUUCUUGACAAAUCGCUGCCCAAGGGUAAGUCAGAAGUUUCACUUGGUAUAGUGGCUUUGUUUUUCAGUGAAAUCGUGCAGUACAGCCAAAAACUAUGCUCAACAGUACCAGAAUUGCAAACUAGAUUACAUGAGCUCGGUCAAGAUGUUGGCACACGCAUUAUCGAUUUAUAUUUCAUACGAGAACGUAGCUGUAAGCGAGAGACCAAAUUAACACAAAUGCUAUUGUUUGUUAAGACAACUGUUUGGAAAAAUCUAUUCGGCAAAGAAGCUGAAAAACUGGAGCAUGCAAAUGAUGAUGAGCGCACCUAUUACAUUAUUGAAAAGGAACCAUUAGUGAAUACUUUCAUUAGUGUACCUAAAGAUAAAGGUUCAUUGAAUUGUGCGAACUUCACAGCCGGAAUAAUUGAAGCAGUCUUAACACAUUCAGGUUUUCCUUGCAAAGUCACCGCUCACUGGCACAAAGGCACAACUUAUAUGGUCAAAUUUGAGGAUUUUGUAAUUGCACGCGACAAACAACUCGAAGACAAAUGAUUAUAUUAUUUAAAUAAUUCAUA